CGACCUCCAGUGAAGUCUUCACCCAUAAAUUGGAGCACAUGUGGUUGGCAAAAUGGAGCAUCAUUCUUCCAGCGAGAGGCGGAGUUAACCGGACCGAGAAGCGCUCCGCUGAUCUGAAUUUUCACACGGGUAAAGAGAGGCGCUCGGCUCGGCUCGGUGCUGCCAGGUUUGCUUUGUGGACGCAGUUCAAAAGAGGGAGGCAUAUAAAAGAAAGAAAUAAGAAAGUAUAAGACCUUAAAGAACAUAUCAAAUCAUAACAAUAAUUGUAAUGACCACUAUGGCCGUUCCUGCGACUCUUCCGGUUCACUCUGGGACUUCUGCGGUGUCCGGUAAACUAUUCAGAACCGACCCGUUCUUCUCGAGUCCCGCGGACUCUCCGAGACUGAUCAACUCACUGAACGCGACGCUUCCGAGCGGCGCAGCGACGAACGAAUGCAAAAUCGUGGAAGUGCACGGAGUGAAAGUCGCUUCUUUCAACGUUGAUGGACAGGAGCUUAUUUGUCUCCCCCAAGUCUUCGACCUUUUCUUGAAGCACCUUGUCGGCGGACUGCACACCGUGUACACGAAACUCAAGCGUUUGGAUAUAAACCCGGUGGUGUGCACCGUGGAGCAGGUGCGCGUGUUGCGCGGACUCGGUGCCAUCCAGCCCGGAGUGAACCGCUGCAAACUCAUUUGCAGAAAGGAUUUCGAAGCGUUGUACAACGACUGUACCAACGCAAGCUCUCGUCCAGGUCGCCCACCGAAGCGUUCCUAUGGGGCCGGUGUGCAAGAAAGCCCCAGAAUCCUCCACCACAGAGCAAACAGCCUUCUGUCUCCAGCCCUGUUGUCACCCACAGGUCUAACAACAGCUGCCAUGGCUGAAGCUUUGAAGAUACAGAAGAUGAAGAUGAUGAUGAAUCUACACAAGACCCAAGACGGCUCAGAAUUCGAUUCAGAUGAGCUCAACACUAAUACAGGAUGUAGUGCUUUGUCCUGGGAGAGAGAGAAGCGUUCAUCAACGUCUUCAGAGAAAACACAGCACAGCUUGAACAGCUCUCAGCUCAACUCUCUCCAACACACCCAUCUACUGGCCAACAGACUGGACCUGCCCUUCAUGAUGAUGCCCCAUCCUCUGCUUCCUGUUGGACUUCCCCCCGCCUCUGUUGCCAUGGCAAUGAACCAGAUGAACCACCUUAAUACAAUUGCCAAUAUGGUUGCCAGCGCACAGGUGCACAGCCCCGUCUCCAGGCCGACAUCUGCCAUCAAGCAGGAGUGUUUUGACGAGAGCCCCUCUCUGACACCAUCCAUAGAUGGGAAUGUUCCUCAGAAAACUGAACCCUCACCUCAACUAACCAGUUCAGUUCCCAGCAGCCCCUCACAGCCUUACACACACUCUCCUCAAAAAACACCCUUGGGUUUGACAUAUGAUGUUCAUGAUGAACAAAGUGAGACAGACUCAACUCUGCAUAUGAACAGACUUUCCAACGACAGGGUUGAACAAAAUGCAGUGAAACCAACAAUCUUUGAGAAGGUCCCAGCUCAAUCAUUGUCCUCUGGCUUCCCCGCGUCCCUUCUUUUUACAGACGGCCUCUCCUCCGUCGAGACACUGCUCACUAAUGUCCAGGGUCUGCUAAAGGUAGCUUUGGAGAACGCCCGUCUGCAGGAGAAGCAGCUUCAGCAGGAGAGGAGAGAGCUCAAGAUGGAGCUGUACAGAGAGAGAGAGAUGAGAGAGAGUCUAGAGAGGCAGCUCACCUCUGAGCUACACAGUCGAGCUACCAUUCAGAGACGUCUGAAGAAGGAGAAGAAGGCAAAGAGGAGGUUACAGGAGGCGCUGGAAUAUGAGUCCAAGCGGAGAGGGCAGAUCGAGCAGGCCUUACAGCAGGCCACCUCAUCAGACGCUCUCACACACGAUCCAAUCAGUCUGGACACAGAGACGGAGCGAUGCAGAAGCCCGGAGGACAACUGCUUGUUACAAGAAAGCAGAGCAUACACAAAAAAUCCAAUAAUGUACUAAGAAGAGGUGGAUAGGGAUGUUCUCCACAUCACACACUUUCUGAAUGCUGAAGAGAGGACUUCAAGGUUUUAUGCAGUGAGCUACACUGGAGAAGAUCUUCUCCUUGACCCAAUCCAAUGCUCCAUCCACACAACAUUCCAGAAUCCUCCACUGUUGUUUUAUCUACAUACACUGUGCUUAAUUCCUUGUUUAAGCUCUGUGGAGAGCACUGUUGAUGUACUUUUACUUUUUUUUUUGAAGCAGCGUUUGGAAGCGACUGGAUGAUGUUUUGGCAUUAUCCCUUCAGGACAGUGACCUUCAGUCUAAUGCCCUCAGGACAGGCUGAGGAAAAUGAAAAAAAAAAAGAUAAAUAAAAAAGGUUGUGUUUCAUACUUGUUUAAAGACUCAAAGAGUUUGGAAUCUUACAUUUCAUGGCUUUUCUCUUGUAUGUACAUCUUCUGGUCCUGCAGUCCAUUUAUCUCUCUUUGUAGUUCAGUUUAGCUUCUUAAUACUGUUUAAAAUAUUCACCUGUUCUUCGGUUUGAAUAACCUUAUGUGGGAGUUUUCUUUGUAAGACCUUGCAUUAUUUUAUUGGCUUUCAGAUGGAAAAACUACUGAAUAUUUUUGGAAUCUUUCCCUCAUUAUUGUAAGAAGGAACCUGUUGAUAUUGUAGAUGUGGUUUCAUGUUUUUCAGCAUUUACAGCGAUUCGAUUCACUUGCCAUUUUAUCAUAAGUUCCAACUAGACACUAAGACAGCAGAGGAUAUUUUCUUAUGCAUUUGGCAUUUUCCCCAACGCACGAGUCUUUAUUUAGUCUGUGAGUUACUUAAAGAGGAAACCAGACUUCCCGCAGAACAGAAUUCCCUGCUGGUACUGUCGGGAUGAGCCAUCCAUCCGAUAGGCAUUCGAAUGCUAAAUGAUGUCUUGAAAGGUCUAGAUCGAUGUCUGUCACCAUUUUGUGCACCAGAAUGAACCGACAACACAAAUAAACAAAGCAACGCUCAUGUC